AAUAAGGGGUAUUAAAUUAAUGCUAAUUGGAUUUUGGCUUGGUGUUUAUUGUUUCUCUCAUUAUAUUAAUCAUUAUACAUUUUCUACGUUGGCUUGGUGUGUGUACUGCUACAACAUCUGAGUCCGCGAAGCCACUGUUCUUAGCCGCCGCCGGUGACUGAUCCCAAAAACUUUCUCCAUUGCCUAAUUCUAGCUCAACGAUACAUACCAAUGAAAAGGGCAAUGCCGUGGAGUGACAGCGAAGGUGAUUCUUCCUCUGAUGAAUCAUUAUCAGAGUCUGAAACUGAUCAUGGGUCUUCUAAGUCUACCGAGAUUAAGCCAAAGGUGAAAUCUGGGAAGAAGACUACUACUACGGUUGACUUUGACGCAUUGAAGAGAUAUGGGUAUAAAGGUGGACCAUCGGUGUUGAGUGUUCCACCCCCAAAAGAGCCAGAAGAGCAAGACUGGUCUUGGUCUAGUGGUAAAGAGAAACGUGAUGCCAAGGAGAGCGAGGAGUCUUUUCAAGAAAGGCAGAAAACCAGAGCUGCCUUAAUGCAGGGAGAACAGCUUCUUGGUGCACUGACUAGGCAGGAGAAGGAGAGUUUGAGAGAAAAAGAGAGAGAGAAGAAGAAUGUUUCUUUCUCUCAGAAGGAAAAGAGGAAAAGAGAACUUGGUCAGGCAAGUAGGGGAAAGAACUAUGUUGAAGAAGAGAAAAGAUUGUUGAGAGAUAGUGGUAUAUACUCUGGUUUUGAUUCUUGAUCUGCAUUGCAUUGCUUGAAUUUAUGACAACACUUUUGUUCUUCACUAUUGGGUUUCUGGGUUAUGUUUUAUUGUAGGAUAAGAUAGGAUAGGAUAUGCAAUGCCAUUAUGUUAACUCUUGUAAAUUUUCUUCUUGGAGAAACAAUUUUCUUGUAUUUUGUAUUGUAAGCCUACCAUCAGUAAUAAUAUUAAGAGUAAUAUUAACAUGUAA